GAAACCUGCCUAUUUUAUUCGGAAGUACGUUAUGUGACGAUUUCAAAGUCAAAAGAUAUUAGAGGACAAGUUACUUAUCUUAAAUGUUAGAUUUUAUGUUGUAAUGUUUAGCUUCUGGUUCACGUAAUUCGUGCUAAUAUUGGGUUUUGGUGCUAGCGCCCAAUUGACUCCUUGAAGGAGAUAAUUUAUUUUCGGAGGUUACCCAGAAUCCACCGCGUGACACAUUGACAACGUACAGCGGGCGUUAAAACGAUUCCAAUGGAGUUUCCCAUCUCCUCAAAAGUAUCUAUGUGACGUCUGGUCACAACCUAGUUAGCUUGGCUUCUUGUGUCUCAGUCAGUGUUGGGAAUGCAGCCACCACUCCCACCGGAUGCAGUCAGAGAGCUGGUGUGUUCCUGUCUUCACAGGGACCCAGUAGCCGCUGAUCUGAGAUGCAGCCUGUUUGUGGCAGCUGCUCAGAACUACAAACGGGACUCAGUGCUCAGACCCUAUCCCCCCAGAUACAUCAGAGACAGAGACAACAAGGAGUUUGAUGAGCUGCUGUCAGAUGUCAGCAGUUUGCCUGGUGUGAGGGAGCUGGUGAGACUGAGGCCUGGUGAAGCUGACCAUCAUCUGGCCCUCACACACUGGGUUCUCUCCUCCAAGAGCUUCGCUGUGAAAACACUACAGAAAGACGAGUAUGCCAAGCUGUGUAACCUGACUGAGAGUGAGGGGAUCUCCACGCCUGUUCCAGACUUCCUGUUUGAGCUGGAGUACUGCGACCAGAUGAACGCUAAGUUUGAGAAGACACGGGCGGGACGCGACCUCUUCUAUGCAUUCCACGGCAGCCGACUGGAGAACUUCCAUUCUAUCAUCCACAAUGGACUACACUGCCACCUCAACAAGACGUCGUUGUUCGGAGAGGGCACCUACCUCACCAGUGACCUCAGCAUGGCGGUCCUCUACAGUCCCCAUGGCAACGGUUGGCGUGACAGUCUCCUGGGACCGUUGCUAAGCUGUGUCGCCGUGUGUGAGGUCAUCGACCACCCAGACGUUAAGUGUCAGGUGAAGAGGAAAGACUCGGAGACCAUUGACCGUCAGCGCUCCAGAGCCAGGAACAGUGAAGGAGGAGAGGUCCCUCAGAAGUACUUUGUGGUCACCAACAAUCAGCUUCUCAGAGUCAAGUACCUGCUAGUAUACUCUCAGAGAAGACACCUGUCCAGACAUUCCCGGGGCAGGUCGUGGUUAGUCAGACAUCACUUUGCCAUCAUGAUGAGUCUCUAUCUGCUGCUACUCAUCUUCAUCGGUGCCUUCAACUCCACCACAUUCCUCUCCUUCUGGAACAGGAUUUUCCGGUGACGUCACAAUCGCAAGACGGUCUCGUCCGGUGACAUCACAAUCGCACGACGGUCUCGUCCGGUGACAUCACAAUCGCAGGACCACACUCUUCUGGUGACGUCACAAUGAAAUCACCGGACCUCACUAAUCACAGGACAUGGUCUUCCGUUGAUAUCACACGAGUCUCUGGUGCUUUCCCACUGCAACCCCGGUUGGUCCAGCCUGAGGCUAUCUAUAGGCUUAAACCCCGGUGUUUCCUGGGGAAAUUGUUUCUCCUUUCCAUCCCUAGGGCUGACAUGAAGGACUUGGGAAGAGCAGUGUCAAGUUCAACAUCUGAAUAUUCAAACCGUUUCUUAUGAGAAGGAAUAGUUCAUAUAUACAUGGACCAUUCUUGUCAUUCAUAGUGCCUUCCCUAACAGAGAGAGACAGAGAGACAAUCAGACAGAUGGGAAAAUAGGACAUCCAUAUUAUUCACUUAACACUAUUUCCCUUUAAUCUCUUUCCUGUCUUCCACCUCUUUGUAUGUACAGUCUACAUGGUUAUUACCACCACUGGUUAUAACACCCUGAGGCUGUUUCCACAUGGUUAUUACCACCGCUGGUUAUAACACCCUGAGGCUGUUUCCACAUGGUUAUUACCACCACUGGUUAUAACACCCUGAGGCUGUUUCCACAUGGUUAUUACCACCGCUGGUUAUAACACCCUAAGGCUGUUUCCACAUGGUUAUUACCACCACUGGUUAUAACACCCUGAGGCUGUUUCCACAUGGUUAUUACCACCGCUGGUUAUAACACCCUGAGGCUGUUUCCACAUGGUUAUUACCACCACUGGUUAUAACACCCUAAGGUUGCUACCAUAUGGUUAUUACCACUGCUGCUUAUGUAAGUCACACAAUAUCUCAGACAGCACGUGGCCAAUUUUGACAACUUGGCUGAAUGAUGCAUCUUGCCAUAAAGAUCCAGAAUUUUACAAAAUUCCACUGAUUGGCCAGAUGGUGGCGCUAUAACAAGAGAUUGUAAAUGCUGACCGAAAGGUCAUGCCCGUCACCCUGUUUGACCCAAAGCCAUGAAAUUUGGUCCCUCUCCUCACAAGGAGCACAUUUGCCUCAGGGACUCAUAAGCAAUGUUCCAUCUAAUCUGCGUGCGGGCGCGCAGUAGCCCUGAGACUGCCGCAUGACUCAGCCCUUACUCUACACAGACCGGUGCGGCAUAACCAAUAAGAGCUGGAGUAGGCCUAUAUGCAAAUACACCAUUGCCAUAUAUGGAUCUGUGCCAUUUUACUUUGAACUGGACUGUGUUUACUGCAUGAGCGGUCAUGAGUACCUGUGCUUGUUUUGAGAUCGAAGCGAAAGCUGCAUGUAGCCACGUGUGCAGAUUUUGUUCAUAUUCUUUGCUAGGUCGAGUUAUUAGCCCAGUUAUAGAUACUUUAUAGUCAGCAAUAGGGGAGUGAUUUGCUUCUUACAAGAGCACAAAACAUGUACAUUUCUAGACAUCUUUUUUUUUUUAUACGCAAGUAAGGUAAAGAAAUUAUUCCUUUUCUUAAAGGGGCAGUGUUGUAUUUUGAGCCGGGCUUGAAUAAGCUAAGUAGCCAAUAGGCAGAGAGUAGCAUAAUUUGUCUGAUUAUCUGUAAUAAUGG